CCGUUGUAUGUGCCCUGUGAGGCCAGGGGCUUUACUCUGAAAAUAAUAACCGGAAAUAACAUUUGAGAGUUGGGUUAGUUUUAGAAUUAUUCCGAGAUUCUCCAGUCAGUCACCAGUUCAGCUCGUAGCCCGGGUGACUUAAGAGGAAUUUGAGCUUUCGCACGCAUUUAGAAGCCUAUUUUGUGUUCAUCUCGUGUCGUUUCAGAAUAAGUCCUCGGUCAUUUUAGAAAGGGGAGUGUUGUGGUGGAGCCACGUGUACAGGAACUGGCGUCUGACACCUUGCCUGACUUACUGGAAACACCGCAGGCAGUCAUGGCUGUUUGGAGGAAACUGUGGCGCAGGAACCUCCUGGCCGUUUCCCUCCUCGUUUACAUCCUAAUUCACACCAUGGACGUGAACGCGCGCCCCGCCAACAUGUCGGCCUCAAAGGACAAGUCUCCGGUUAACAAUAAGGACGAGAACGAGAUACUACCCCCUGAUCACCUGAACGGGGUGAAGAUGGAGAGGGACGGCCACCUUAACAAGGACUUCCACCAGGAGGUUUUUCUGGGGAAGGAGAUAGAGGAGUUCGAGGAAGAUUCAGAGCCCAGGAGGAACAGGAAGAAACUCAUUGACAUUUUUACCAAAGUGGACUUUAACAAGGACCGGAGUGUGAGUGCCAAAGAGAUGCAGCGCUGGAUUAUGGAGAAGACGGAGGAGCACUUCCAGGAGGCAGUCAGAGAGAACAAAAACAGCUUUCGGGCUGUGGAUCCGGACGGGGAUGGUCACGUGACAUGGGACGAGUACAAAGUCAAAUUUCUGGCCAGCAAAGGUUUCAACGAAAAAGAAAUUUCAGAGAAAAUGAAGAAUAACGAAGAUCUGAAGCUGGAUGAAGAAACUCAGGAGGUUCUGGAGAGUCUGAAGGAUCGCUGGUUUCAGGCCGACAACCCUCCCCCUGACCAGCUGCUGAACGAGCAGGAGUUCCUGUCCUUCCUCCACCCCGAGCACAGCAGAGGAAUGCUCAAAUACAUGGUCAAGGAAAUCGUGCGAGACUUAGACCAGGACGGUGAUAAGAAGCUGACCCUGUCAGAGUUCAUCUCCUUACCGGUGGGGACCGUGGAGAACCAGCAGGCUCAGGACAUCGACGACGACUGGGUCCGAGAGAGGAAGAAGGAGUUCGAGGACGUCAUCGACUCGGACCGUGACGGGAUCGUAACCAUGGAAGAGCUGGAGGAGUACAUGGACCCCAUGAACGAGCACAACGCUCUGAAUGAGGCUAAACAGAUGAUCGCCGUGGCCGACGAGAACCAGAACCACCAGCUGGAGCUGGAGGAGAUCCUACGGUACAGCGAAUACUUCACCGGCAGCAAGCUCAUGGAUUACGCCAGAAACGUGCACGAGGAGUUCUGAAGGCCUCCCGCCCACCGCUCACAGUCUGCCUUCCGAGAGCCAUCGGACAGUUGGACUGCAUCAGCUCUAAAUUUCCAAGUUCCUUUGUGAAACGUGUGUAUAUGAGGACUUUAAACCUUAACACGAUUGUAUACAGUGUAAAUAUUCACAUUCCUCACGUACCUCUAUGAGAGAGAACUAAAAAAAGUCCUCAUUAAAAGAUGGAUCCUUCCGUUCGGCCCACGGAUCUGUCAGUUUAUUGCGACGCUACCUGCCAUUUUUCCUCUGGCCUGCUGAUACGGUGAGAAGAAGCAAAGAUUAGGCCUAAUGUGAGAACAAUGGGUGUGGGAUAUGUCGACUAACUGAAGGGAAAUUAGAAAAAAUAAUCCCAUUCAUUCAGCCAUAUUCACCAAAUAGUUUCUCAUGUGUCUGCGUAUCGUACCUACAAUCAUACAUUUAUUUAUUAAUCACGAUUCCAAAUCUUUGAAUGUCAUGUAGUGAUUUGGUCCUGAUGUCCUCUGGUUGGCUGCUCUUCAUCGCAUUGGUUUAAAGCUUUUACAUCUGACGUCUUCAAAUGCACGGACAUAUAACGGCCUGCCGUUCCCUCUCGUCUCACAGCAGUUUUCAGUAACCUGUGGAGUGUUUGUAUACCGCUGCAGGCUCUGCCUUCGGAUUGUAAACAUGUAUGAUAUCCAAAUGCAGCGGCUUUGUAAGAUGUACUGCAAAUACACAAGGAAAGAAUAAAAGUUUCUUAUCAACUGAGGA